UCCUCUUUCUCCUCCUCCUCAGGGCCCCAGUCAGGCCGAUCCGCUCCGCUCACGGAAGGAAAACUGAGAUAUAAAUUGCUCUCUUGUCUGGAGUCACAUGUACUUAGGUGACAAUUUACAGAAAGUCAACUCUGCAACUUGAUGGGCGACAACCCUUUUCAGCCAAAAAGUAAUUCAAAAAUGGCAGAACUCUUUAUGGAAUGUGAAGAAGAAGAGUUAGAACCAUGGCAGAAGAAAGUAAAAGAGGUUGAAGAUGAUGAUGAUGAUGAGCCAAUCUUUGUUGGAGAGAUAACAAGUUCAAAACCAGCAAUUUCAAAUAUUUUGAAUAGAGUAAACCCCAGCUCAUAUUCAAGGGGAGUAAAGAACGGUGCACUCAGUCGAGGUAUUACUGCUGCAUUCAAGCCUACAAGUCAACACUACACCAACCCAACAUCAAAUCCAGUGGCUGCCUCGCCAAUAAAUUUUCAUCCUGAAUCUAGAUCUUCUGAUAGUUCUGUUAUUGUUCAGCCUUUGUCUAAACCUGGUUAUGUAACGAACUCAGCACGAGUUGUAUCUAAUAAUUCUUCAGAGUUACUGUUUGACUUGACCCAGGAUACAGGAUCAUCACAUUACCAAGGGGGACCAACACUUUCUAUACCAGGUAUGAAUGAAAGUUCGUUUUUAUCAAAACGUCCUUCUACUUCUGAAGUAAACAGCGUUAAUCCAAAAAAGCCAAAGCCCAGUGAUGGUAUUUCUGGAUUAAAUUCUUCAGCUGUAUUUCCUUCAGUUAAAUCUCUUUCAGUGACAUCUUCCCAGGCUGCAUCAUCAAAAGGUACAAAUACCUCUUCAAAUCAAUCUAAAAAUGGAACACCUUUUCCGAGAGCUUGUCCAAAGUGCAAUAUUCAUUUUAAUCUUUUGGAUCCUUUGAAAAAUCACAUGAAGUACUGUUGUCCAGACAUGAUAAAUAACUUUUUAGGACUGGCUAAAACAGAAUUUUCAAGUACAGCAAAUAAAAACAAGACUGUUGAUUCAGAGAAAGGAAAAUUGAUCAUGUUAGUUAAUGACUUUUAUUAUGGAAAACAUGAAGGAGAUGCCCAGGAAGAACAGAAGACUCACACAACUUUUAAAUGCUUCAGUUGCUUGAAAAUUCUUAAAAAUAAUAUUAGGUUUAUGAACCACAUGAAGCACCAUUUGGAACUUGAGAAGCAGAGCAGUGAGAGCUGGGAAAACCACACCACCUGCCAGCACUGCUAUCGUCAGUUUCCCACACCAUUUCAACUGCAGUGUCACAUUGAAAGCACACAUACACCCCAUGAAUUUUCUACCAUUUGCAAAAUCUGUGAAUUAUCAUUUGAAACGGAGCAUAUUCUUUUACAACAUAUGAAGGACAAUCAUAAGCCUGGGGAAAUGCCAUAUAUUUGCCAGGUUUGCAAUUACAGAUCAUCAUCAUUUUCUGAUGUAGAAACUCAUUUUAGAACAUCCCACGAAAACACUAAGAACUUGCUAUGUCCAUUUUGCCUCAAAGUUAUUAAAAUUGCAACACCCUACAUGCAUCAUUAUAUGAAGCAUCAGAAAAAAGGAAUACAUCGUUGUACAAAAUGCAGACUGCAGUUUUUGACAUGCAAAGAGAAAAUGGAUCAUAAGACUCAGCAUCAUAGAACAUUUAUAAAACCUAAACAACUGGAAGGGUUGCCUCCUGGAACAAAAGUUACUAUUCGAGCUUCAGUUGGACCGCUUCAGUCAGGAUCUUCAACUACACCUUCCAUUAGUGCAAGCACUUCUACCCUUCAGCUCUCACCUCCAAGGACUAAAAAUAUAACUGCUAAAAAUCCCACAAAAUCUAACACAAGCAAACCUAAUCCAACUAAAUCCAAUACAAGUAAACCUAAUGCAAGUAAGCCUAAUGGAAGUAAAUCUAAAUAUAAAUCAAAAAUCUCUAAUAUGCAAAAGAAACAAAGCACAUUGGCUAGUAGCAAUAAAAAAAGUAAAGUCAAUACAGCAUUGAGGAACUUAAGGUAUCGUCGGGGAGUUCACAAGUGCAUUGAGUGUUGUUCCGAAAUAAAAGAUUUUGCAAAUCACUUUCCUACGUAUGUCCAUUGUAGUUUUUGCAGAUACAACACUAGCUGUAGCAAAGCCUAUGUAAAUCAUAUGAUGAGCUUUCAUAGUAACCGUCCAAGUAAAAGGUUUUGUAUUUUUAAGAAGCAUUCAGAAGAUCUCAGGGGCAUUACUCUAGUGUGCCUUAAUUGUGAUUUCAUAGCUGAUGUUUCUGGCUUAGAUACUAUGGCCACACACUUAAGUCAACAUGAAACUCAUACUUGUCAAGUUGUAUUAGAGAAAGUUUCUGUUUGUAUCCCAACUUCUGAACAUCUUUCUGAAUUAAAAAACGAAGCUCCCACUAAGGAACAAGAACCUGUGUCUGAGGAAAUUGCAAGACCUAAUAUGGCUGAAGGAGAAACAGAAACAUCAAAUUCUGAAAGUAAACAAGAUAAAGCUUCAGAGGAAGAAAAAAAUGGAUGUGAUACAAAUUCAUUUGAAGGCUCAUUAGCAACAAAAAGUGAAGAAAGCAAAACAGUUUCAAAUAAGGAAAAUGAUACCUGUCUUGGAGACCAAAAGACUGGGUUAAAGAAUAUCUUCAGUCAUGAUUCAAAUAUUGAUGCAGAUAAAGUAGAAAAGGAAAAACAAAUAGAGCACAUUUGUCAGAAAACAGAGUUGAAGAUUUGUCAAAGUUCAGGAAACAUAAAUUCAUGUGAUCAGAUUGAAGAUUCCAACUCCAGUGAAACUAGGUUUUCUUUGAAGAAUAUUAAGGAUUUGCGGUUAACAUCUGGUGAUGUUAGCAUUGACCAGUUUUUGAGAAAAAGAGAUGAACCUGAAUCUGUUAGUUCUGAUGUUAGUGAGCAAGGCAGUAUUCAUUUAGAACCUUUGACUCCAUCAGAGGUACUUGAGUAUGAAGCCACAGAGAUUCUUCAGAAAGGUAGUGGUGAUCCUUCAGCCAAGACUGAUGAAGUAGAGUCUGAUCAAACUGACAAUGUUCCUGGAGAAAAUAGCCCUAGCACGACAGAGACAACAGUAGAACUGGCAGAUGAAAAAGAAAGAAGUUGAAAUUUAUUAGUCAUUCUAAGUUUAGUGUACCAACGGUAAGAACAUUUGGAACAGUGCUAUCAGGUGAGCUCAGUGGUGCUGUUUUGGAGUUCAGAAAGAGAAAAAUGUGAAGGAAGUCAUUUGUAUACACUUUACCUGUAUGUUCAACCCAGAUUCUUAAAUCAAUUCACUGAUAAUAGUAUGAUUUCUAUGGAUUUCCAGGAAGCCUUUAACACAUAACAGGAUUUUACUGAAAGUUACAUUUGCGAUGGAAAAUUCUCAUUUAACAGUUUGUGAGAAGAACUUUGUGGCCAGUAUGAAUUGAUUAUUAGAAUAUUAAUUAUAAUAAUAAAGCUUUUGAAACUUA